AUGCCGAGCAGCCCGCGUGACCGCGCGACUAUCAGCGGUGGAGCCCGGGCGACGAGCAGCGCGAGGUGCUGGCGACGCGCAGCACACGCUCCUUUCCCCCCCUGCUUCCCCUCCUUUCCCCCCCUGCUUCCCCUCCUUUCCGCCCCUGCUUCCCCUCCUUUCCCCCCCUGCUUCCCCUCCUUUCCGCCCCUCCUUCCCCUCCUUUCUGCCCCUGCUUCCCCUCCUUUCCGCCCUCUCCUUCCCCUAAUUUCUCCUUCUCAUUUCCUUCAUUGUCCCCCGCUGCUUGCCCUGUUCCUCUCCACCCCCUUACGCCCCUCCCUUCCCUCUCCUCCCUCUUCCAAUCUCCUCCAUUCCCUCUCCUCCCUCGUCCAAUCUACUCCCUUCCCUUUCCUCCCUCCACCAUUCUCCUCAUCUCUCUUUCCCCCCUCAUCCAAUCUCCUCCCUUCCCUCUCCCAUCUUCCCUCCCCCUAUUUCCUCCCUGCUAGUCCCUUGUUCCCUCCCUCAUCCAAUCUCCUCCCUUGCUCCCUUCCUGUCUUCCGCACCUCCUCCCUUCCUCUGUGUCCUGCAUUUCCUCCCUUGCUUCCCCUCAUUUCCGCCCCUGAUUCCCCUCAUUUUCGCCCCUGCGUCCCCUCAUUUCCCCCCUGCUGUUCAUUAUGGUCCCCCCUGGCUUACCCUUCCUUUCCCCCGUGCUAG